AUGCUCGCUUCAUGCUCUGUCCUCUUGGGCACACUCGUUGCUGCACACCUGAGCUAUGCACAGCAACAAUGUCUGCCUGCAAUCUCGAUCGACAAGAAGCCGCAAGUCUUCAUCAUGAGCGACAUUUCCAACGAACCGGAUGAUACUAUGUCUUUCAUUCGACUAUUACUGCACUCAGAUCAAUACAACAUCACUGAUAUGGCCGCCGUUACAUCAACGUGGCUGAACUCGAUCGUCUAUCCUGAUCAGAUUCUGAAUACCACCAACGCGUAUGGACUAGUGCUUGACAACUUGAACACUCACUCCGAAGGACACUUCCCGACCUCUGAGUACCUUUCGUCCGUAGUGAAGAGUGGCCAGCCUGUGUAUGGCACAGCAGCCAUUGGAAAAUCCCCAAUGUCAUCCGGAGCGCUGCACUUGAUUGACGUUGUCGAUGGACUAUCCAGCGACGACUUCUUCAAUGUCCAGGGCUGGGGUGGAGCGAAUCUCCUAGCAGGAGCACUUGCGCACAUUCGAUCGAGUCGUACUCAACUGGAUGCCCAGCAGUUCUAUGACCAGCUGAGAGUUUACACCAUUAGCGAUCAAGAUAACACAGGGCCGUGGAUCAGAGCCAACUUUCCGACCAUCCCAUAUAUUGCGUCGAUUCAUGGCUUCAACCAAUACCAUUCAUCACUUGUCAGCGAGGAGUACGUCAAGAAGAACUUUCAGGUCGGCCCUCUAGGCUCCCAUUACCCCGAUGUCGCAUACAUUAUGGAAGGGGACUCGCCAUCCCUCAUGCAUAGCAUGCAGAACGGGCUCAAUGGCGGUCCCUUUGACUUUCCAGAAUGGGGCGGCUGGGGUGGCAGAUACAUCCUCCUUGACAGAACUCGACAGACCAUGACCUACACGGACACCACAGAUGAAGUCAUUGGCAAAAACAACCAGACCCUCAAGUCGAACCAAGCGACAAUCUGGCGAUGGAGACAAGCCUACCAGGACGAAAUGGCUGCGCGUACCCAAUGGUCCGUACAGUCCAACUACAGUACAGGCAGCCACCCUCCUGUCGUCUCUGUGAAUGGAUCCUGCGGUAGUGCUCCACUCAUCCUCCACGUUGACCCUGCAGAAAACAUCACGCUCGAUGGAUCUGACACUGACGAUCUAGACGCGAACUUGACCGAUCGUAACGCUUUGCAGUACAAAUGGUUCCAAUACCGCGACGUAUCGGCUUCGCAGUCCAAUACCGAGGCCGACGUACCCCAGCUAAACUUCACCGUCUCGGAAAAUGGGCGUGUUGCUACGACAAGACUUCCAAGCGUGGCAGAGGCCUGCGGAGCAGUGGAAGCGCUACAGAACGCCAACGCCGGCGUGCAAGGCGAAUGUCAGCAAUACCAUGUCGUGUUCGAAGUCACGGGCAGUGGCACACCUCCAGUCACUCGAUACAAACGUGUGAUCCUGAAAGUACGGCCACCGAGCAGUGAAAGCAAUGGCGUAGCGAGCGGGAAGAGAGACGAGCUUUGA